AUGAGUCUUUCCGUGAAUUUCAACAAACAUUCUCAAGCACUUUCGUCAACCUAUAGAGAUGUUAGAGAUGGUGAUAUAGAUAAAUGGGUAAUUUAUAGUUAUGAAAAAGGAGGAAAUAAUGAUCUAAAGGUUUUGAAUACCGGAGAUGGAGGACUUGAUGAAUUACAAGAGGAAUUUGAUGAUGGCAAAAUUCAAUAUGCAUAUGUGAAAGUAAAGGAUCCCAACACGGAAUUAGCUAAGAUUGUGCUUAUUGGUUGGUGUGGUGAUGGUGUACCGGAAGCAAAAAAAGGAUUUUUUAAUUCACAUUUGAAUGAGGUUUCUGAAUUUUUAAAGGGGUAUCAUCUCAAAAUAAAUGCUAGGUCUGAGAGUGAUAUUGAUCCAUCAUAUAUAAUGAAGCGUAUCGAAGAAAGUGGCGGAUCUAAAUAUUCUAUUAAUAUUAAUAAGAAUGCUCCCCCACCAAAGCCAGAACCUAUUUUACCAGUGAAAUCAGUAUAUCAACCUGAAAAAAUACCAAAUAUUACUGAAUUGCAACGAAAGGCCCCUCGAGAGAAAAUCGAGCCUGUGAGAUCGGUUUACGAACCUAUUAAAAUACCAAAUAUGAAUAAAUUGAGGCGAAACGCUCCUCAAGAGAAAAUCGAACCAGUGAAAUCAUCAUAUCAACCUGUUCAGGUACCAGAUAUAAGUGAAUUACAACAAAGUGCACCUCAAGAAAAAAUUGAACCUGUCCGCUCCACAUAUCAACCUGUUCAGAUACCAAAUAUAAGUGAAUUACAACAAAGUGCACCUCAAGAAAAAAUUGAACCUGUCCGCUCCACAUAUCAACCCGUUCAGAUACCAAAUAUAAGUGAAUUACAACGAAGUGCACCUCAAGAAAAAAUUGAACCUGUCCGCUCUGCAUAUAAACCUGUACAACCCCCAAAACCAAAACCACUUAAUAAUGCACGUUUGGCGUUUUUAAAUGCGGGAAAAGAAACAGAGCCACCUGCUUCAGAAUAUCGACGAGAACGUGAUGAACGUGAAAAAGCUGAACGUGAGAAAGCAAAACGCGAAGAGCAAGAACGCUUGCGACAGGAACGUGAAAAUACUGAUCGUGAGAAACGCGAACGUGAGCAAUUAGAGCGUGAGGAACGGGAACGUGAACAAUUAGAGUGUGAGGAAUGGGAACGCGAACAAUUGGAACGUGAAGAACAAGAACGCGAACAAUUCGAGC